AUCGAAAAGAAAAUUAUUUUCGCAAUUUAAGGAUGUCAUUUAUACAAAGAAUUUCCGGAGCCAUUGCAGUUCUUCGCGGGAUACCGCAAGAAUCAAGAGAAGAACAGAGAACGGCGAUCGAAAUGAGAACGUUAGAAGAUAAACUGGACGGCAUAGAAAACCUACAGGAUAAGCAGCUAUUUGUGAAGAGACUAAAAAUGGGUAAAGAUAUUAUGCUGAGUUGGAUGAAAACAAAUUUAUUACUUGUUCUAACAAUUGCCAGUGUUCUGACCGGUUGCUUCUUUGGAUCCGUCGGACGUUUAAUGAAUUUUUCACCACAAACAAUACUACUUAUAAGCUUUCCCGGAGAAAUCCUUAUGCGCAUGUUGAAGAUGUUUAUAUUGCCACUUAUUAUUUCUUCAUUAGUUGCAGGGAUGGCUCAAUUAGAUGCUAAAAGCUCUGGAAAAAUAGGUAUUCGAGCUUUAACGUAUUAUAUGGUGACAACGAUUUUGGCUGCGAUAAUCGGUAUAAUGGUAGUUCUCACUAUCCACCCAGGCGAUCCAAAGAUUAAGAAUAUCGUAUCUGAUUUGGAAAGCAAUGACGCAAACGUUUCCACUCUAGAUGCUAUUCUCGAUAUAAUUAGAAACAUGGUGCCGGAGAACCUCGUGCAAGCGUCCUUUCAACAGGUUCAAACGCAGUUUGUGAAGAAAAAAGUCGUCAUUCUUGGUGAAGGGCGAACUCGAACAGGUCAUAUGAUGGAACCGACGCUUGUUUAUAAAGAUGGCACAAACGUCAUGGGAAUGAUCGUAUUUUGUAUAACAUUUGGAUUAAUUGCUGGACAUAUUGGCCCACGUGGCAAAUUGAUGAUCGACUUUUUCGUUAUUCUUAAUGAGAUCAUCAUGAAACUUGUCAGCCUAAUCGUAAUGUGGUACUCUCCUAUUGGAAUAAUGUGUCUCAUCGCCGGAAAAAUUAUGUCCAUUGCUAACUUGAUCGCAACAGCUCAAAUGCUGGGCCUUUAUAUGAUCACAGUUGUUCUUGGUCUAUUAAUACAUGGGAUUAUUACUUUACCUUUAAUUUUUUGGAUCGUAACUCGACAGAAUCCUGCAGUUUUUUUUAAAGGUAUCAUGCAAGCUUGGCUUACCGCCAUGGGCACCGCAUCAAGUGCAGUGACUCUGCCAAUAACAUUUCGAUGCUUAGAAGAAAAUAAUAAAAUUGAUCCGAGAAUAACGAGAUUUGUUGUCUCUGUUGGCGCUACCGUGAAUAUGGAUGGAACAGCUCUUUACGAAGCGGUAGCCGCAAUUUUUAUAGCUCAAUUAAAUGGAAUCAGUUUGGGAAUUGGCGAAGUUAUCACUGUCAGUUUGACUGCAACUAUAGCCAGCAUAGGAGCAGCAAGUAUUCCCAGUGCUGCACUAAUAACUAUGUUGCUCGUUUUGACUGCUCUAGGCCUACCGACUAGUGAUGUAUCAUUACUUUUUGCAGUUGACUGGUUCCUUGAUCGAAUUAGGACAUCUAUUAACGUUCUGGGAGAUGGUUUUGGUGCUGGUAUUGUGUACCACCUCAGUAAAGAUGAAUUAAAUAAAAUUGAUGACCAUAAACAAAUGGAUGGCUUAGAAAUUGUGAAAGUACCCGAACACAGUUAUGAAAAUAUUAAUAUAGAUAACAAAGAAAACAUUAUAGAAUUGGAUUCUGAAAUAAAGAUUUAAUUAAAUAGAUCUAAUAUGUAGAAUUGUAAAACA